CCUGCCCGCCCCCUCCCCCGGCGGCCAUCACAGGAGACCAACACCAGCUCCCCUGCCCUGGAGAAGCCCUAGCCUUAUUCUCCUAUUCAUCCUGCAAGUCCCCGUCUGUUGGGGUCCAGCCCCAGCAGGUCCAGGGGUUCCCAAAGGUGUGGACGGAGUCGGCGAAGAAGGAAUGACACGGAGACAGCGUUCAGUUGAUCAGCAGCCUAGCCAGGUUCUAGCCAGGAUCUCCAGCCAGAUGAGGACACUGAGACCCCAAAAGAGACAGUAACUUACCCAAGGUCACAUCUGACAUGCAGACUCCUGCUACGAUGUCUCUGCUGCUUGUGUCCAUAGUCCUCACGGAAGCACUUCAGAGCCACCCCAUCACACGACGAGGACUCUUCUCUCAAGAAAGGCCCCUGGACAUGGCCCCAACCUCCUUCGAUGACCAGUAUGCUGGCUGUGCAGCAGCCAUGACAGCUGCUCUCCCAGAUCUCAACCGCACGGAGUUCCAGGCCAACAAAGUGUACGCUGACAGCUGGGUGCUGGCCAGCAGCCAAUGGCAGGAGCGCAAAGCCUGGGGGCCAGAGUGGGGCCUCAGCCACACCCUGAUGUCCCCACCACCCCCCGGCUUCCGCGAUGAGCAUGGGGUGGCUCUCCUGGCCUACACGGCCAACACCCCCCUGCACAAGGAGUUCAACGCGGCCCUGCGCGAGGCGGGACGCACCCGCGUCCACUACCUCCAGCACUUCUCCUUCAAGACGUUCCAUUUCCUGCUGACCGAGGCCCUGCAGCUGCUGAGCAGGGCCCAGCGUUCUCCCCAGUGCCGCCAGGUGUUCCGAGGGGUGCAAGGCCUGCGCUUCCAGCCAGCAGGGCCUGGGGUCACCAUCCGGCUGGGGGGCUUCGCCUCGGCGUCCCUGAAGAACGCCACAGCCCAGCAUUUCGGCGAGGAAACCUUCUUUGGCAUCUGGACCUGCCUUGGUGUCCCUAUCAAGAGCUACUCCUUCUUCCCUGAGGAGGAGGAGGUGCUGAUCCCCCCCUUUGAGACCUUCCAGGUGAUCAACAGCAGCAGACCUGCCCAGGGCCCCACCCGCAUCUACCUCCGGGCCCUGGGCAAGCACAGCGUGUACAACUGCGAGUACAUCAAAGACAAGCAGUGCAAGUCUAGGUCCUGCCGGCUAGGAAACGCAGCCAUGGGUCAGGGCCCUCUGUCUACAGUCUGGUCCUUUCCUCUGCUCCUCUGGUUCCUGGUCGGGGGAGUCUUCCCAGAGAGACCAGGCCUCCUCUGACCCAUCAGACUCUGAACAGCCCUGCCUGCCACCUCCGCCCAACAUGAGGACGUCGGCCACAUGUGCGCUUUACUAUAAGUGUAGCCAAGAUCCGUAGAAAUGCCACCUGCAGGGAACUCUGGGACCUUCUCUGGCAACUGCCAGGCCUGGUGGUGGAGAGAUAGAAUUUUGGGCCUGAACUUUACCCAGUGCUCUAGGAGUGAGACAUUGAAGAGAGGUAGGGGGGCUCCAGGACAGGCAACAACUCACUUGGGGGUAGAAGAUUAAACUCGUUUGGGCGUGGAGGUGCUGGGAGGAAAGCACGUGCCAUGGUACUUGCUGGUGUCACAUGCCUCACAUGGACAACUGGAAAGCUCCUAUUCACUCUCCAGGGAGCUUUCUCUGACCUCUCUGACCCUGCUGGGUUAGGGUGCUGCCUCUGUGCUCCGCAGGUCCUGGGCGCUUCUCUACACCACAUGUCCAUGUCUGUUGCCCGUGACAGACUGUGAGCUUCCUGAGGUCAGGGACUGGGUUGAGGCAAAGAGGUGGAUGCUGGGAAGCAUGUGAAAGUCAGAAAGGAACAAAUACCUGUGACCAGCUGGUCCCUGCAUGGCCCUCCCUUGGAUACUUUCAAGUCCUCUGAACGUCAGUGUGGGGGAAUGUGAUGGACAGAAGCAAACCCAGAGAGAGGAGAGCAGGAAAGACAGCAGAGGGCUUGCUUUAGGCCCUCUGCCGGGUCUCUGUCAAAUUCGUCAUUUUCUUGUCAGCAAAGAUGUAACUCCUGCUCUCACCCAUGAGUCCUAAGGUUCCUGUUUCUAGAGAGACAAACCUGGAUCCCCAUCUCCUGUCACCAUGGGCCCCAAGGGUAAGAUAGGACAUCGAGGAGGUACCAGGCACACACUCCCUAUAUGAGGAAUUGGGGCUUUGGGGCCAAAUCUUUGUGUGGCCUCCUGCUCUGGAAACUAGAUCAUAAAUCUGAAUCCCCAAACCCCUUCCCUGAGCCCCUAGACAGGGACAGGCAAGACCAAGCUCCUAUAACAGCAGCCACUGAGGAAGGAAGAGAAGGCAGGCAAUGUUGCAGUUCUGUUUCGCAUAUAACUUGCACUCUCGCCACUGAAAACUCUAACAUUCAUGAAUGAAGUUCAAUUCUGUCCCUCUAGGACUGCACUUUGACCUUGAACCUUCUUAGAGUUCUUCCCCUAUAGGAAUUAAGGGAGUGGCAAGCUCUAGAUUUUUCUUAGAGAUCAGGAUACACAGACAAACAAGUGCUCCCUCAUGGUUUGUGAAGUCAGCAGUGCUGAUCCUGAGAGAGGGUGUCCCAGGCUCUAAGGCAGGGAUGGCGAACCUUUUGAGCUGGGCGUGUCAGCAUUUUGAAAAACCCUAACUUAACUCUGGUGCCGUGUCACAUAUAGAAAUUUUUUGAUAUUUGCAACCAUAGUAAAACAAAGAUUUAUAUUUUU